CUCAACUCAACUGUGGCUUACGCUCUUUGUUAAGUACAUGUACCUAUAUCGGGUACCUAAGUACUUUAUACAUGUGCUUCUAGUUCCAACACUAAAGUUCCCACAUCUUAGCUGUCCCCUGCCCCGCCGAAACUUUCUAGAGCUGCACUGCCAAGCCAUCGUCUAGUGAAGCCUCGUCGCAACAUUAACAAGGCUAAAUCUAGUAACACCCUCUGGAACGCAGUACUACCGUCAUCAAACUCACCAAGCCGAAUCUGAGACCAAGUAUUGUCUUUCUGUACUCGUACAGCUGUCUUAUUCACAACAACAGAUUGACUACCAACAUGGCCUCCACCGGUGAGCCUUUCUACAUCCGAUAUUACUCAGGUCACUCCGGUCGAUUCGGUCAUGAAUUUCUAGAGUUCGAUAUUAGAGUAGUAGGCGAUGGUCGAAGCGCCGUAGCUCGAUAUGCAAACAACUCCAACUACAGGAACGACAGUCUAAUCCGAAAAGAGAUGUGUGUCAGUUCGUUAGUAGUAGAUGAGAUCAAGCGCAUCGUCAAGUCGAGCGAGAUCAUGAAGGAAGACGAUGCCAAGUGGCCACAGAAGAACAAAGAUGGUAGACAGGAAUUGGAGAUUCGCGUGGGCAACGAUCACAUAUCAUUCGAGACAGCCAAGAUUGGUUCCCUAAUCGACGUGACGGAAUCGGCAGACCCCGAAGGACUACGGGUGUUCUACUACCUAGUGCAGGAUCUAAAGGCGCUCGUCUUCAGCUUGACAUCACUUCAUUUCAAGAUCAAACCCAUCUCGUGAAGAGCUAAGAUAGAUAAGGCGCACAAGUGCGAGUUUACGAUCAUCAUUAUGUAUACAUAGAGUAGUACGGCAUUUCCCCCCCGAACCCCUUACAAUAUACCCCCUUGCCGCGAAGUUGUGAAAUGCUGCAGUAAUCCCGUCUGUCGCGAACGUGAUGUGAUACCUCCCUAAAAAAAAAAAAGAAGACCAAGACCCAGACCGCUGCGCUGGACUAUGCUCGGUGUCAAGUU